AUGGAUGAGCGAGUGUCGGAUACGUUUGAGUUGAUGCCCUCCGUCCACGCCGUGUUCAGUGCUCUGCAGUACGGGUCCCAGCGCGACGUCGAACAAGCCAAGAAGGCGUUGGAGGAGCAUAUUGAGGCGUGCCGAGAGCGGCUGCAGACUCUGCACGUGCCGAGCAAAGCUGCGUUGGAGGCACAGCUCGCAACGUUACAACAACAGCAAGCACAACAGCAGCAACAGCAGCAACAGCAGCAACAGCAGUAG